ACUAUCUUCAUUCAAUAUAAAUAAAAAUGUAUCUUAAAGAUUCCCCGGUUUAUCGUUUCAAUUAGAAUUGGCGUGUAAUAAAGCAAUUCCAUAUAUAUUGUGUUAUAUAAUAGUGAAUGUGACCAAUUGAAUAUGAAGGUUACUGCAAGUAGAAGUUGCAAGAAGCGAGCAGAAGAGAAGAAGAAAACUCAGCUGAAACAAUCUGGCAAGAACAAUAAUUUCUUGAUAAAGCAUAAACUGGAGAACUUAAAAACAGUGGAAACUAUAUUGGAUGAUGAAAAUAUUAUUUACAAGUCUUCAGUUCCACUGAGUAACCAAAUAUUGAAAGAUGUUCCAUUUGUGAAGCUUAUCCAUGAUAAUAUUACCAAGAAAAAACUUUACUUGAUGAGGUUAAAUACAAGAAUUGAUUUGGAUGACAACAAUAUUUUAACAGAUCCAAAAAUGAUAAAACAAAUACCUUAUGUAAAAAUGGAAGGUCUUGAGACACCAGAAAAUACAAGUCGGAGGACUCGCAGAACAGCAAAGAUAUCUCCUAUUAUUCAUUCCACUCCAACUAGGAGUAAUAGAUGUGCUAUUAUUAUUUCGUCAGAUGAGGAAGAGGAGCAUGGCAAUGAAUUAAGUACAGAAAAUAUAUCACCUAUAAAAAGUCGUCGUCGGAAAUCUGAUUUGUCAAUGAAAGAGAAAAGUCUACUUUCACCAUCUAUAAUGAAAGCUUCUAAUGAGAAGAGCUACGUAAAAAAGAAAGUAAGUUUUGCUGAGUCUGUAAGUUUUCUUGAUGAUGAAUCAGAUGAUUCUGAUGAAACAUACAGCAAUGAGAAAACUAAAUCUUCUACUUCAAAAGAUAAGAAAGAUAAGUCUGAAAUAAUUAGUCGAAAAUCAAAGAGGUUAAAUAAUAGUCAGAACACUGAAUCUGCAAAUUUAAUUGUUGAUGAGAUUGCUGCUUCUGAGACAUCAACUAACAAAAAAGUUAAACCUUCUGCUUCACAAAAGAAGAAAGUUGUACCUUCCAAAACAUUUGUAAAUGCCAGAAAGUCAAAUAGGAUAAAUGAUCUAAAUAAGAUACCAAUGCCUGCUUCUAAGCGGCGAAGAUUAAUGGAAAAGAUAAUAAGGGAAGAGGUAUCACCAAAGAAACAAAAGCCAAUGCCAGCAUCAAAGAAGAGAAAAUAUGAAGAAAAGCUAAAGAAUGCACAGCCAGGUACUUCAACUCAGGAGAAUAACAUUUCUGAAACAUUGACACAAAAUAAUAGUGAAUUAAUAGUUUCAACAAAGAAUGAAACUGAAGAUAAUAAGAAACAGAAAAAUAAGAAUUCUGAAACAAAGAAAAAGAUGAUUGUAAAGCCAAUGCCAGCAUCUGUGAAAAGAAUGUUAUUAUGCAAAAUGUUAAAAAAGCCAAUGCCAGCUUCCAAAAGGAGACUACUUGAAGAGAAAUAUAAUGAUGGGGAGAGUGUAAAUAAUGCUAGGAGUAAGAGAAAAAUAACUGAACUUCCAGAAAACUCAUCAUCUGGUCUAAAGAAACUGAAAAAGACGAAUCUUUUGAAACCAAUGCCUGCGUCACAACGUCGAAAGUUAGAAAAUAGAUUGAAAAAAGAAGAAGAAUUGAAAGAACAAAUUCAGAAUUCCAGUAGCAGCGACGAGGAUGAUAAUGAUUUUGUGAAAAACAAUCAUGAAAGUGAGUGCGAUUCGCCAAUUCCCGGUAAUAUGUCUGCAGAGAUGUUACACAAAAGAGAUCACGUUAGUAAAUCAAAAAAACGUUACUCAUUAGAUUGCUCUGCGUUGGAAACAAAAAAUCUUUUAUCAGAAUUUUCAAGUGAAGAUGAACAGAAUGAGAAAGAUGAGGUUGAGAGGGUUAUUGUAUUAGAUUCUGAUGAUGAUGAUGAUGAUGUCAAUCUGGAUGAAACGAAAGAAGAUGUUCAAAAUACAGAAAAAGAAGUAACAAGGAGGAAAACGACACGAAAACAGAAGCCCAGGAUACCUUUUAUAGCCAAUAAGCAAAUAGUAAAGAUGAAGAGAAAGAUUAAGGUUUUAAAUAAAUCAAUAUUACAGUUGAAAAAGAAGCGCGAUAUAAAGAUCCGAUUUAAGAAAACUAAAGAAUAUAAAUGUGACGUAUGCUUCAAAGCUUACAUGGAAAAAUGUAAUCUGCAGUUGCACUUCUUAAAACACGUACAGCCAUUAGAAAUAGAAAUUCACCUGUAUCGUUAUAAACUUCCAAUUCACUUCAAUGUUACACCCUACAAUGAGCAGAAAUUUCUCAAGUCCAAAAGAGAAAUGAAUAGAUUCUUAAAUGAAGAUAUUAACAAUCUUGUUAAUAAAUACGUUGCCCAUCGUGAUAAUGAUACAGACGAACCGAAAAUGUCAGGUGAUUCUGUGGAUGGCGCUGAAGAAAACGCAGUAAUUUUAGAUAAUGUUUUAAUUACGGCGCCAAAUAAUGAAAACGUCGAUGAUGAUGAUGCAGUAGAAAAUGAUAAUGAACUACCUGCAAAUAAUAUGAAUGCAUCCGUUGAGACAGUUAUAUUGGAACAGCCAAGUGAGGGAUCUCAAUGUGACACAGUUAGCGACGAAGCAAAUGAAACCGAAACGUCUGAAAAUGAAAAUAAUGUAAAUGGACAAAAUGAAGUUGAAGCAACAAGUGAAUUAAAUAAUGUUGAAAAUGAAUUGGCUUUAACCAAAGAAAACCAAUCAUCCACUGUUGAAGCAUCCAAAGAUCAUGACCAUAAUCCAGUAGAGGCAAGUAAGGGAUCUCAAUGUGAUACAGUUAGCGACAAAAUAAAUGAAACCGAAACGUCUGAAAAUGAAAAUAAUGCAAAUGGACAAAAUGAAGUCGAAGCAACAAGUGAAUUAACUAAUGUUGAAAAUGAAUUGGCUUUAACCAAAGAAAGCCAAUCAUCCACUGUUGAAGCAUCCAAAGAUCAUGACAAUAAUGCAGUGGUAGAAGAUGAAAAGAAGUCUGAAGAAGAAAGUGGCACUGAAUUGAAAAAACCAUCUGCGGAUAACUCUGAAUUGAACAUUAAUAAUGAUAGCACACUGAUUGUAACAGAUAGCGAUGUAGGAUGUUCGUCUAUUGAUGAUGCUAAAGAAGAAGGAAAACAAGAUAAGCGUCCCGAUGAAGUAAUUGAAAAAGUUUCUAUUGAUGCUGAAGAAAAUAUCGUUAAUUUAGAAUCAAAUUCAAAGGGUGGUGAGACUAUUGUCGAUAUUUCUGAAGAAAAAGGUGUAGAAAUCUUAGAUAAAAUUGAAGAAACACAAUCGAAAUGCGUGGAAAUCUCUGAUAAAAUAAAUGCAGAAGAUUCCAUUGGUGAAAUCAAGAAGACUGCAGAAAUUGAUCUAAGAGAAUCGGCGGAAGAAGCGAUAACCGCAUCGACUUCUAAAGAUUCUGAUGUACUAGAUGAGUCCGUUGAGAAAGAAGUAACAACUGAGGGGAAUGUUGAAAAUGUGGAGAUGGAAGCUUCAACAACUGAAACGAAUAUUGAAGAUAAAGCAAAAGAUGAUACAAAGCAAAAGGAAUCGGCCGAAGAUUCGAAUGAUGCUGUUUUAAAUGUAAAAGAUAAUGUUAAUAAUGAUGUAAAUGAAGAGAGUAUAACAAAAAAUUCCGGAAAUGAUGAUGAAGCGACAACAGAAGAAGUGGAUAAAGUAAGCGAAGAUGUUGAAUCUGCGAAGAGUAAAGAUACCUUGGCUGAAGAGGAUUUCAAGGAAAGUGUCGAGGAGGAGAACCACGAUCACGAGGAUAAAGUGGACGAUUUACAUCUUUGUGUGGAAAGUGAUGAUACGCAGGACGCAACAAUUGCAGACAACACGACGAAGAAAACGACGAGAGCUAAAGAGAAUGAAGAUAAGUUGGUCUCCAUCAAGGUAGCAAAGUCGGGGGAUUUCGAGAAAUUUUUGAAGUGCUUUGACACGGAAUCUCUUAACCUUCCCAACACGAGCGCGGAAGAUGCUAUGUCCCAAGCGGAAUUGAUAAAUACGUUGGAGUCUCCGAAAGAGGAUUGAGAGUCGAAUUAAGUUCGAUUUUUUUUGAUAAUCUUAACGUGGUAUACAUCAUAAUUUUUAAUUGUAAUAUUUUCUUUGUUUGUAGCGUAAGAUUUU